AUGUCCGUCGAUAAAGAAGAUAUCAACUCUGUUGAUGCCAAGACUGGUGACCUUCGUAAGGUUACACCAAAGGCCCACGAUGCGGAAAUAAAGGCUGCAGCACAUGACCUUGAUAAAAAAGAGUCGCUCAGUGCAUACUUUACCAUCCUUGCCGCUGGUUUUGGUUUGAUCAGUGAUGGUUACCAAAAUAAUCUGAUGACGAUGAGCAACGUUAUUUUCAAGAAAUUAUACCCAAAUGACUAUACAUCUAUCGUGUCUACCCGUGUCUCAAAUUCCUUGCUAGUUGGUGCUGUACUUGGUCAAAUAUUCGUGGGUUUGAUUUGUGACAGGGUGGGACGCAAAGUCGCCCUUGUCUCGACAACCCUACUGAUUGUCGUCGGUGCUAUCCUUGGUACCGCGGCCCAUGGUGCGCACGGAAGCGCUCAGGGAUUGUUUUGGUUCUUGACUAUCGCUCGAGGAAUCACGGGUGUUGGCGUUGGAGGCGAAUAUCCUGCUUCUUCCACGAGUGCUAGCGAAGCUGCGAACGAGACAGCACAGAAAAAUCGCGGUCCAGUAUUCAUCAUGGUCACGAACUUUGUUCUAUCCGUCGGCGGCCCUCUUGCUGUAUCUGUGUUUCUGAUUGUCUUAUCGGCUGCUGGAGAGAAUCAUCUACAGACGGUCUGGCGCGUGUGCUUUGGUAUUGGCAUAUUGCUCCCUUUGACUGUAUUCUUCUUCCGUCUUCGCAUGCUGAGCUCUAAGCUGUACCGCAAGGGUGCUAUCAAGCGUCGCGUCCCAUAUGGACUCGUAUUCAAGCGUUAUUGGCGAGAGCUGAUCGGAACUUGUGGGGCUUGGUUUCUUUACGAUUUUGUCACAUUCCCUAACGGUGUCUUCUCGGGUACCAUUAUUUCCAGCGUUAUCCCCAACGGCGACAUAAAGUCGACGGCAGAAUGGCAACUUCUUCUCGGAAUAAUCGCGCUCCCUGGUGUUUUCGUGGGUGCCUAUCUCUGUAAUAGAUUGGGUCGAAGAAAUACGAUGAUGCUCGGCUUCUCUGGAUACCUCUUAUUUGGACUCAUCAUUGGACUGGCUUACAACAAGAUCACGAAAAUUAUACCACUAUUCAUCAUUUUCUAUGGGCUCAUGCAAUCAGUCGGAAACAUGGGACCCGGUGAUAUGCUUGGUCUAACGAGCUCCGAGUCAUAUGCGACUCCAAUCCGCGGCACCUGCUACGGCUUAUCUGCUGCUAUUGGGAAGACUGGAGCAGCCGUUGGCACUCAGGCUUUCACUCCCAUACAGAACAAUCUGGGUAAACAGUGGACGUUUAUCAUUGCCGCCAUUUGUGGCAUAACUGGUGUCCUGAUCACGUAUUUCUGCGUCCCAGACAUGACUGGGGUUGACCUCGCCGAUGAAGACGCCAAAUUCAUGAAAUACCUCGCUGAUAAUGGUUGGGAAGGUGAGGUAGGGGAAGACGAUGAGAAGGCGCUCACAGAUCACCAUGUCGCUGAAGUUGGUUCUGCUGAAUAACUUUGAAGACAUACUUAAAUUUAUUACUUGGCAGUGUUUUGUGUAUAGUCUAUGAACUCUAUUCGUUUCGGUUCAGUACUACAGUAUUAGUUACCACUAGUUUGCGCAAUCCCUACAUCUCAUGCAGUCAUGAAAGUCACGGUAUCGUCACACUAGCUGAUUCCGUUUGACACUAGACAUUAAGGAUUUGCU